UCAAUGUUGUCAAAAGCACGUUUGUUCCAUUUAUUGUUUUGAGACUCCGAAAUCAAUUUGUUUCAAAGCCUGCCUGUAAUAAUUAAAAUGCGUUUCACAAUAAAGCAGGCUAGCUGUGGUGCUGAACGAGUUGGUACCCUAACUGGAUUUACCAAGUCACCUAGUACGAUAAUUGAAACCCCUACAGCUGCACUUCUUACUCAGGGAGGAAGUGUAGUUCAUUUGACGGCAGACGUCUUAGCUCGGGUAUUUCCUAACCCCCAACUCCUCUGGGUUCCUUUAACCAGUACCAGUCAUUUGGAAGCCGGAGUCAAAACCCAGGGCGAGGGAAUAGCCAAGUUUGCUGGAGUCGCUGACCAUAUAAUCUGCACAACAUUGCAAAAUCUAAAUGAUGCUGCACCAUUGGGACACUUUGAGUUAGAAAAGGUGCCAUUGUGGACAAAAAGGGGCAAACAAAUGAUUUGUGCUGACAGAUACAUGGACUUUAUGGAGCUGUUCAAACCCGAUAUCAUUUUGGCAGUUGCAGAUGGACGCACAUCACACUGUGAAGGCUUCAAGAGGGUCCUGAAAGCUGUCAACAGAAGUAACAACAUGCUUGAUGUAUGUGUCAAGCGAUAUAAUUCUUCAAAGCAACUGCAAGAAGGUUCAUUGAUAGGUGUUAUAGUAGCUGCCGGUCAUGAAAAGAAAUGCACUGAAAGUAUUCAACACAUUUUAGAACACAAGCAAAGUUUGUCAGGAGUAGCUCUGCAGGGCAUAUUGGAUGGCACUGAAGAUUACACACAUGUGCCCGAUGACAAUGUGAUAUCUAUCUUUAAGAGAGUUAAUGAUGCCUUGCCUAAUGAAAUGAUUCGCAUUUUGGAAGGAUUUUGGAACCCAGCUGCAAUAAUGGCUGCCAUUGGCAAUGGCUAUGAUGUCUUUGACGGAUCUUACCCAGUGAAGUUGACCAAUGAAGGUUUUGCCUUGACGUUAAACUUCAAUGUUGACCAAAGCCAUGAUGAAUUGUGUGUAUUAGAUUUAAAUGAUAGGAAAUAUAAAGAAGAUUUCAGUGCUCUUGUAAAGGGUUGCGAGUGCUUGGCUUGCAAGAAAUAUACUCGUGCGUACAUUCAACAUCUUCGAAAUACACGGGAAAUGCUGGCGUCUGUGCUGCUCAGUAUUCACAAUCUCUAUCACUUCGACCAGAUGUUCCACCACGCCCGUCGACAUAUUGCCGCAAGCACGUUUGACACAUUCCGACAUCACAUCACAAAACAGUACGAACUGUAUAAAGACUCUCAAGUAAUCAAAACUGACGAUAUGACAGUUACAAAAGAAACUGGCAUUAGUGAAAACAUGAAACCGGCGGCUGUGAAAAAGAUUCGGGUAACUGAUGAAGUUUCUAUUAGUGUAGCCAAUGGUAAUGCUUGAUAGUAUUUCUAUGUAUUACGUAAAAGUAAUAUUACAAACUUGAAAUGUUAUGUACAUAUUUAUGGGGUAAGCCGGGGACGAAAGGGGAGGACCGCUUCUUCAUACAAACAUAGUCCCUAUUUUCUCUGCAUAUUAACAUUAUGGAAAAUAUUUUUACAUAAUUUGAUGUAUAUUAAGCAUAUAUACCCCUACGUAUAGGCAUAGCUGUGGUUGAUAUACAUCAAAUUUUGUCGAAAUAUUUUUAAUAUUCUUAAUAUCCAAAGAGGAAAUUGAGGAUUACUUUUGUAUGAGAAGACGAUUUCGCACGGGUCGUCCACUUUCAUUUUAAUUAUCUCUCGAAUUCACGGCCUUUUAUAUUGACUACAUAUUUGGUUAUUCCCAAUAGUUACCUACCAUCGCCACGUCCAUAGUUUUACAAUGCCUCCAUUUGGCUUGAGGGUUGACUGCCAUUUGUAAAUUGUUGAAAUUUGUACUAUAAAGUUGAAAUAUUUAAUAGAAAUGUUGUCGCUAGUGAACUCUGAUAUUGACAUUAGCACAAAUUUUACCGUUGCUGGUAGACCUUGGGUGGUAACUACUUACUGGAAAUUAGAUGUAGCUGUUUGUGAUAUGUAGUAAUAACGAAGUAUUAAAUUUUUGUACAUAAUCAAAUCGAAAUCUCUGGGGCUUUUAAAUUCGGAUCACGAUGUCCUACCGAUGUGUAGGUGGCUUUUUGUAGUAUAGUCUCGUACUAUGUAGUAAUUAAUGUAUUCUUAAGGACGCUUUAAAACAAACUAUAAUAAUUACCUUGGAAAGAUACAGUACAUUAUUUUUACUUAUUAUCGAGCUCAAAAUGUUGCUUCAACAAUUGCACCAUGAAAAAGGUUAAAAAUAUCAAAUGGCGUACCGUACCAAUAGGCAGGCAAUUAAUAAGUGCGCCAAAAAACUUUGCAAAUAAGUAUCUACCUAGAUUACAAUACUUAAGUAGCAAUUUAGUGAUCAAACGCAAGCGUGAAGCAUAAUAAUUAAUAAGUAGAUAACAACGAUAAUACUACUUAUUACCUGUGGCAUUUACAGUGAUUGUAUUUAUAAGCUUACAUGAUAAGCAUGUAAGAAUAACUGAACAUACAAGAUUUAAUAAAAUUAUAAAAUAUGCUUUAAGGCCAGUGUUAAUAGUAAUAAGUCUUUCCUUAUUUUCAUUCAUUGAUUAAUUUUUAUUGUUAAUUUCUGAUACGGACAUACGAAGCCUUGCUGCUGGGGCUUCUAAAGAUCUAAAUUGAAUGUUUAAUAUAAGCUUAAAACCAGCAAAUUCUAUUUUU